AUGCCGUUUAUAUGCCCUUGUUUUGAAAUGGGCGAGGUAUUUGUCGACUUUGAGAAGCGGUGGUCAAGGGACAAUGGGGCUCCCGCUUUGAAUCCCUUGUUCCUUGUUUUCAGUCGGUACUUCAUAUACCCUCUCGAUGUCCCAAGCCUAGCGCUCGUCGUAUGGUUCCUCACCGCUAACUUCAUCCACGCUGUCAACUCUGCGGUAUGGGCGGGGAAUGUGGACAUCCACUCGGAAAUCUGGUGCGAUAUCACGACAAAGUUACUGUUAGGUGUGAAUGUCGCAAUCCCAGGUGCCCUCCUUUGUAUCGCAAGGCAGCUGGAGCUGGUGUCGUCCUCGCGCAAGAUUAUCGAUAGCCCGAUCGUCAAACGUAACUCGACGAUUUUUGAGGUUAUUUGCUGUUAUAUGAUCCCUUUGAUCUAUAUGUCCCUUCACUUUGUUCCUGCAAGUAACUUUGGGACAUCUGUAGGCCUUGCCAUCCACCACUCCUUCCGACACAACACUUCCGCCUUUGCUACCCACCUAUCAUCCCGAAGUACGACUAUCUCGUCUUCUUCACUUUUCUCUCGCAAGAUAUUCGUCGUCAUGUUCAUUACUGGGGUAUCGGCCGUCACCACCCUCUUUCAGCUCUUCUCAAUUCCUACCCUGAAGGAAUGGACGAGUUGGGACGAGGUGCAUGCCAAGUUGGGUGAAGUCGAUAUACUCUCACCGGAAGACGCUGGGAAUGUCGCGGCUACUUGGUGGAUCCUUUUCACUAUCUCGACCAUAUUCAUCGUCUUGACCCUCGCAUUUGGGGAAGAGACGAGGGAUGCCUACAAGUCCUUCGUCAAGAAGUGGAACAAAAGGGAGGAAAUCGCCAGGGAGGUCAAGGCGGCAUGUAAGAUCAGUUUCAGGUUCCAACUCCCUGCUCGGCGUCCUCGAACCCACCUUCCGCAGCCCAUUGUCUGUCGAUCAAGAUUGGAUUCGAGCGCGCGCCCUCACAUGGUCGAACUCAAGUCCGGAUGGGACGACAUGUUGGACUUCAAGUAUCCCAAGAGCCCCUCCCCGACUAAGCGCUCACGGUCCCUCAAGUCCCCGCCCAUCUCGCCUGUGUCAAGUCGGAGUCCAAGUUCUGCUUCGUUCCGUGGCGGCGAUAUCCAGAGUCCCAUCACGCCAAGCACAGGCCCCAUGUCCGCUGAAGAAACGGCGUUCAUGAACUCGACAAUUUCAUAUCUUGGCUCCCCUCCCGCCCACACGUUGGGCGUUUCGGCUCCGUUGCAGGCUUCAUCUCCGAGUCCGGUCACCGUCCGCCAACCGCCAUCGCAUCCGACCAUCCCGGCUUACCACCUUCCCCGCCGACCAGUUCCAGUGUUGAAAGUAGCGAUUGUUGCAGACCCUGUCCUGCCCCUCGCUGACGCGGCUAAGCUUCCCGCCACCCCUGUGGCGAAGCUGUCUACGCCCCCCAAAGCGCCUCGUCCUCAAAUUGACUCGGUCUUCCAAGCUGACUGGCCUGUCCCACCUGUUUCACCUUCUCCCACCGCGAGUGUUAGCUCUCGUUAUGAGACAAGGUCGCCUACCCUCUCGACUCGCUCUUCUAUCGGUGCAUGCUCGGAUGUUCCUUCUUACUAUCGCCAACCUCACACCGAAGGAGGGAGACCGUUUGAAGGGUCGAGUGUUGCCAUGCAUUCGCCAACACCUCAGCGGAGCCACGGCCAUCACAGGACUCCAUCGCUGAAGCCUAGUCUUCAAAGCCUGAGGGCCAGCUGGGAGAGGAUGAGGCACGGUUCCAGUCCUGUCGGCUAUCCUGGUGAAGGCAUUCACAUGACGGUUGUUCAAGAAACGGUAUAGGUCUACUACUCAUCUGGCUUCGUUCACGGUUUUUCACGCUUCUUAUGUUCAUCAUUGACUCGUCCAUUCUUUCUUAAGACUCUCAUUUUCGCAAGUAUGUAUUAUCUUAUGCGGAGGAUUGAAGGAUCGUAUUCGCAUUUCGUUGUGUCUGUCCUCCCUUCCACCUUUCUGUAUCUCGUUGGUUCUGGUUCAACCCCCCUUGAUGUAUCCUCCACCUCUCAUCCUAUUCUGUGUAGCAUAGAUCUCUCUCCGCCUCCUCUUCGUUCUCACAUUCUGUAUCAUAGCAUACCAUGGGGUUUAUGACUUCCUAUGUCUCCCGCGAUAUCCGAUUCGUCACUUCCAAACGUACACAACUUGAAGUUUUAGAUAAUUCUGUGGUCAAAUGCAAUAUAGAUAUGUUGCUUC